AUGGUAGGAUGUGGUACAACCCCUAGAAAAAGGUCUGAAAAUGAUGUCUACCUUGUUUUCUACCUUUUUAAUGUUGCUCCUCUAUCGUUCAUAGUUAUGAAUAAAUUUUUCACACCUGGCUUCUUUACUAUAUCACUGGUGCAAUGUGGAACGGAAAAUUGUUCUAAAAAUAGCUAUUUAAUUAAUUGUCAAAAUACAGGUAAACUCUGUCCUAGCGCCCAGAUAUUAUUAAAAAAAUUUUUAUCACAUAGUACUAGUGUUUCAAACAAUAUAUUUCUUUUGCACAAUACUGCCUUUUAUUUGCGACUUAGUUCUUUCCUCUUUUUGAAUCUGAAAAUCGUGGAAAUACUGCCAAUAAAGGAACAUAAGCCAAAUAAGCCCGCUUUUCCUAAAUUUAGCAAAAACUGUUACAGAAAAUGA